UCGUCCCCGAGCUGGUCCGGAGGACGAAGUACUGUAACUUAAGAAUGCCGUCGACAGUGCAGUCUGCGGCCUUGCGAAGGACUGCCUUCGUGUCCUGAAGGUGCGCUGGGUCCUGGUCCGGGUGUCUUUUCUCUUCUCGUUCCUCUGGCCUCGUCGUCGUGCGGUGUUCAUGUUGGUGUGGAGACGACGAAAGCGAGUAGAGGAUCACAGCUAGCAUUGCGCCGAGGGCGGAGCGGGUUCAAUUUCUUGAUAAGCGCACUGGCUGUUUCGACGGAUCUUCAGCUAGGAGGACUGGAUGUUUAACUGGGACUUGGAUGGACUAAGAUUUGGGUGAAUCAGGGCAGGAGAUUCUCGGGCCCGGGAUUGGAAGGAAGGGAGGUUGUUGUGACUUCUUUUGGAUCGACAAAUACCGCUGUGGCUGCAGGUUGGAAUUUUGAUUGGCACUUGAUUCUCCGCAGAGGCAGCCAUGAUGAUGGGCGAUGCUGGAAUUGAGGCCAAAGAGGCCGCUGUGCGGGAAGUCGCUAAGCUUCUCCCUCUGCCCGACUCUCUGGCUAUUAUCAACACCAUUCGUACCGAUUACGCUUUGCGGCAACAGCACAAUGAUGCCCAGCUUAGUACCAGCGUCAUGACUCAGGUGGAGCACGCAAGGGCGGGCAUUGACGUUUUAUCAGCAGCCCAGUCGACAAUUGCUAAUCUUCGCGAGAAUUUCGUGCUCAUUGAUAAGCUUUGUAGAGAAUGUCAAACUCUGAUUGAGCACCACGAUCUAAUCAAACUUCUGAGCAAUGCGAGGAAUAACCUCAACAUGACUUUAAAGGAUGUCGACGGUAUGAUGUCCAUCUCAACUGAAGCUUCAGAAGCACGAGCGUCCUUGAAAGAUGAUAGAGAGCUGGUUCGCACAUUUGAGAGGCUGACUGCUCUGGAAGGGAAAAGGAGAUUUGCACUAGCGACAGUGUCGUCUCGUAAAGAAGAGGCUAGUAAGUUGACUGAGUAUUUUGAGGAUGUCAACAACACGAGGGCGAAGUUUGAGCAGACACUUUGGGGGCAUAUUGCGAAUUUCUUCCAGCUCGCUAAGGAAAGUCCACAGACACUUGUGCGCGCCCUUAGGGUGAUUGAAAUGCAGGAAAUUCUAGAUCAGCAACAGGCUGAAGAAGAUGCUGAAGCCAAAGGAGCUGGACCUAUGGCUCAACCUACCACUCGAGGUGCUCGUAAGUCUUCGCAACUUGGACCGAAUGGGAAACCGCUGAUACCUCUUCCAUCAGGGGAGCAGCCAGGUCAGAAAAAUUCAACAGGUGGACGAGGAUAUAAGGAUCGGUGUUACGAAGAGAUUCGCAAAUCCGUCGAAGGCCGAUUCAACAACCUUAUAGGCAAACUAGUCAUGGAAGAGGACUUGAAGGCAGCACUAGAAGAAGCGAAUUUUAUAUCUGCUGAACUUCCGGACAUUUAUGAUCACGUGGCACCUUGUUUCCCUCCUAGGUACGACAUUUUUCAGUUGUUGGUGCAGCUGUACACGGAGCGAUUCGUGACUAUGCUCCGAAAACUUGGUGAUAGAGCUAAUAAUCUGACUAACAUCGAGAUUUUGAAGGUUACGGGGUGGGUGGUGUCCUAUCAAGAACAGCUUUUGAACCUGGGAGUCGACGAUGCUGUUGCUUCAGUAUGUGCUGAAAGUGGAUCGAUGGAUCCUCUAAUGAAUGCAUAUGUCGAUCGCAUGCAGGCUGCAACCCAGAAGUGGUAUACCAAUAUAUUGGAGGCAGACAAGAAAACUCCUCCAAAGAAGACUGAAGAUGGGAAGUUAUGGACACCGGCAGCUGUCGAUCUGUUCCGUAUUUUGGCGGAGCAAGUACAAGUGGUUCAGGAAAAUAGCACUGAUGUAAUGCUGUACCGGGUUGCUUUAGCUGUUAUCCAGGUUAUGGGCGACUUUCAAGUUGCUCAGAGGCAGAGACUAGAGGAGCCAGUAGCAGAUAUUGGACUCGAGCCGUUGUGUGCGAUGGUAAACAAUAAUGUUCGGUGCUACGAUCUCGCAAUGGAGUUGAGCAAUAAUGUUAUGGAAGCUUUAACUCCGUACUACGCCGAGCAGGUCAAUUUCGAGGACACCUGUAAAGGAUUUUUGGAAAUAGCGAAGGAAGCUGUGCAACAAACCGUGAGCGUGAUAUUCGAGGAUCCAGGGGUGAAGGAGCUUAUUGCCAAGCUCUACCAGAAAGAGUGGUAUGAAGGGCUAGUUACCGAAUACUUGGUAGCUACUUUUGGGGAUUAUUUUGGAGAUGUAAAACUGUAUAUUGAGGAAAGGUCAUUCAGACGGUUCGCGGAGGCAUGUCUCGAGGAGACUAUCGUCGUAUACGUCGAUCAUCUUCUGCUGCAGAAAAAUUACAUAAAGGAGGAGACUCUUGAUAGGCUUAAAAUGGACGAAGAAGUUCUUUCCGACUUUUUCAAGGAGAUCAUCAACGUUGCGAAAGUGGAGAAACGAGUACAGCCGUUGGCCGAACUUAGGGAGCUGGCGUCUGCAGAAAGUGUGGAUGCUUUUGCAUUGGCCUAUACGAAUUUGCUGCAAAAUCAUCCUGAUUGUCCACCUGAAGUUGUCGAGAAACUCGUUGCUUUGCGCGAGGGAAUCCCCCGUAAAGAUGCUCGUGAGGUUGUGGCAGAAUGCAAGGAGGUCUACAAUAGCAGUUUUGCAAAUGGAGAGCUUCCGAAGCCAGGACUGGUUUUCAGCAGACUCACUUGCCUUCCAAAGGCGGCUCUUCGCAGAAAAUAUAUGCAGUUUUGAAGCUACUGCGAAGACUUCAUCAGCGAUUCAGUUCACCUAUUGUAGGAGGCACAAAUUUCUGCUUUCGUCUGCACUUGUUUCAUAGGAGAUAAUCACCAUUAACAAGAAUACAGUUUCCUAUCUAUCAGGUAAAGUAUCAGGUUGCCUUUGUUGAUAUGCCAAAUUUAGUGUACCACACAAAUGUCUUGGAAUCAUUUUAUUUCCUAUUACAGACGACGCCACAAGGACGUUCGAAGUUCCUACAAAAGCUAGGAUCUCCAUGACAUACAGAUAUUGUGGAAUAGCUCAUUCAGUCAUUAAAGGAAGAUGGUCUUUCCCCUUAAUUUGGGAGGAGACCAACAUUUAUUUUUACAUGCCAGUGCGUGUAAUUUUGAUUGGAUAUCCAUGUUCAUCACUUCGGAUUUUCCCCCAUGUUUUAUCUCACGGGUGACGCUCCUACCACCUGCGCAUGGUAUUAGACCGCAACUUUAUUUCAAGGAUGAGUUUUCCUUUGUUGUACAUGAGGCACGGUCAGCACACAGGCUGUCUGAUUGGCCUUUUGCAGAAUUUGAUGGGUCAAAUGCUGCAUUUCUCCUAGAGGAAAUUGCUGGUUUUCAUGGAGGAAAUUCUUGGAAUUAGCUUCAUAUUGCAAAUUCUUAACAUUCCAUUGACUAUCUGUUAUAACUUGUUUCGCAACUAGUUUGCAGCACCAGUCUGAUUUAAUUGG